AUGAGCCCGCCGAGCCGCGGCCGCCGUAGGGAGCCGCGCGGGCCGCGAGGAGCCGCCGCCGCCGCCGCCAUGGCCACGGCCACGCCGCUGUCCGGCCGCAAGGGCGGGCCUGCCACGCCGCUGUCGCCCACGCGCCUGUCGCGGCUGCAGGAGAAGGAGGAGCUGCGCGAGCUCAAUGACCGCCUGGCGCACUACAUCGACCGCGUCCGCGCGCUGGAGCUGGAGAACGACCGGCUCCUGGUCAAGAUCUCCGAGCGGGAGGAGGUGUCCACGCGCGAGGUGAGCGGCAUCAAGACGCUGUACGAAUCGGAGCUGGCCGAUGCCCGUCGAGUGCUCGAUGAGACAGCCCGGGAGCGGGCCCGGCUGCAGAUUGAAAUAGGGAAACUGAGGUCUGAGGUGGAAGAGGCCAACAAAAGCUCCAAGAAGAGGGACGGUGAGCUCACGGUGGCCCAGGGCCGUGUGAAGGAACUGGAGUCCCUGUUCCACCGGAGUGAGGCCGAGCUGGCUGCUGCCCUCAGCGAUAAGCGCAGCCUCGAGGGUGAUGUGGCCGAGCUUCGGGCCCAGCUGGCCAAGGCCGAGGACGGUCAUUCAGUGGCCAAGAAGCAGCUGGAGAAGGAGACGCUGAUGCGCGUGGACCUGGAGAACCGCUGCCAGAGCCUGCAGGAGGAGCUGGACUUCCGCAAGAGCGUCUUCGAGGAGGAGGUGCGGGAGACGCGCCGGCAGCACGAGCGGCACCUGGUGGAGCUGGACAGCGGCCAGCAGCAGGAGUACGACUUCCGGAUGGCACAGGCCCUGGAGGAGCUGCGCGGCCAGCACGACGAGCAAGUGCGGCUCUACAAGCUGGAGCUGGAGCAGGCCUACCAGGCCAAGCUGGACAACGCCAAGCUGUGCUCGGACCAGAACGAUAAGGCCGCCAGCGCUGCCCGCGAGGAGCUGAAGGAAGCACGCAUGCGAGUUGAGUCCCUCAGCUACCAGCUCUCCAGCCUCCAGAAACAGGCCAGUGCAGCUGAGGACCGGAUCCGGGAGCUCGAGGAGGCCAUGGCCGGGGAGCGUGACAGGUUCCGGAAGAUGCUGGACGCUAAGGAGCUGGAGAUGACAGAAAUGCGAGAUGUGAUGCAGCAGCAGCUGGCCGAGUACCAGGAGCUGCUGGAUGUCAAGUUGGCUCUGGACAUGGAGAUCAGUGCCUACCGCAAGCUGCUGGAGGGCGAGGAGGAGAGGCUGAAGCUUUCCCCCAGCCCAUCGUCACGGGUCACCAUCUCAAGGGCCACCUCGAGCAGCGGCAGCGGCGUGUCCAUGAUGGGGCGCUCUGGCCGCAGCAAGCGGAGGCGGCUGGAGACAGAGGAGCCGCUGGGCACAGGCUCCAGUGGCAUCAGCUCGGGCGGCGGCGGCGGCGGCGGCAGCUUCCACCUGGCCCAGCAGGCCUCAGCCACGGGCAGCGUGAGCAUUGAGGAGAUCGACCUGGAGGGCAAGUUUGUGCAGCUGAAGAACAGCUCAGACAAGGACCAGUCUCUUGGGAACUGGAGGAUCAAGAGGCAGAUCCUAGAAGGGGCGGAGAUUGCCUACAAGUUCACACCCAAGUAUGUGCUUCGGGCUGGCCAGACUGUCACGGUAUGGGCAGCUGGCGCAGGGGUGGCCCACAGCCCCCCAUCAACACUUGUAUGGAAGAGCCAGAACAGCUGGGGCACAGGCGAGAGCUUCCGGACUGUCCUUGUCAACGCCGAUGGGGAGGAAGUGGCCAUCAGAACGGUGAAGCAGUCCUCGGUGGUGCGGGAGACCGAGAACGGGGAGGAGGGAGAAGAGGAGGGAGCCGAGUUUGGCGAGGAGGAUCUUUUCCAUCAGCAGGGGGACCCGAGGACCACCUCCAGAGGCUGCCGCGUGAUGUGA